GUGCUUGUCUGCCUAUGAUGAGAUUUAUAAUCGUAUUGCAUUAAAACGUGACUGUAUCCGCAUGAAUCUUGAUAAAGUAGACGCCUCCGCCUAGACCGGUUUCCAAAUUAACUGGUGACAACAAUCUUUAUUCCAUUUUGUAUAAUUCUAUUUUAAAUAGUUCUAAAUAAAAAUGAACAUAAACAAGAAACUACUACCCAUAAAGGGACAUUAUUUUCUCUUCAAUGCAGGAACUUCCCCUUUGGUCCCGUAUUUGUCAACUUAUGCACGUCAACUUGGAUUUUCCUCGGGAACAGUUGGUUUAAUAUACACUGUACUACCCAUAUUUGGUCUUGUGGCAAAACCGCUAUUUGGUGUAAUUGCAGACAGGUAUAGAAUCCAAAAAUCACUAUUUAUAUUGUUCCAAAUCGUUACAAUAAUAAGUUUCUCCCUAAUCUAUGUAAUACCAGAGAAUAGAGAGAGUAUGUCGGUAGAACUAGAUUGUAAUGGAGGGAUUACAGUAUUGAAGAGCUGUUAUGCGCCCAAGCAUCAAGCUGACAAAUGCAAGAUUGAUAGUCUGGAGAAGCACACUCUUCCUACCACAUGUCGGAUGAACUGUGAAAUGUCUACGCCUAGAAUGUGGCAAACUGUUUGCGAGCAUUGGCACUUGCCUUAUUAUUGUUACAGUAACACUGAUAUCAUAGAAUAUAAAGCGAUGAUUAAUAAUGUUAGUUUGAAAGAUGACUGUGCUUAUAUUGCAGCUUACAAUGUGACAUUGGACGAUAAAUACACUUACACACCAAAAUGUCGCAUCGGUGAUGGCUACGUUGAUAUUAACGAGCCGUGUACUUUAAACUGUGCCGACAAGAAAAUUUCUGCAGCCAUAGGCAGCGAACGUGCGAACAUGACGUGUGUAGAUAAAAUGCUGAACUACCGCUUAUGCUCGAAUGACACCGUACAGUUGGCAGAAUUAGCGAAGGGCACAACAACCGGUGAGUGUUCUGCAUCUUGUGACUUGGACAAGCACACUCCUUGGCGACUGAUGGAAAUCUGCGAGGGUUGGGAAGCGGAUGUAGCAUCAACCUGCCACCCGAAGACUGCAGCUGGUGGUCAUUUCCCUUCGAACCUAUCCUUCGAGGGCAUCAUUAAACCAACCACUACACUUUUGGAACACGGGUGUGUCUACAUUCAACUCCAUGAAAUCAAACUACCCGACGAUACAACUCGCAUUCCAUACUGCUCAGGAAAAGCUUUGUACGAAAAUACGUCAGUAAUUUUCAAUACGUCUUGUCAAAUUACUUGUGGCGACAAUAUCUUGGUGAAUGAAAUAUUCCAAGGAGCGCAAGACUCCAGGGCAACAGAGAUGUCUCAAUUCACCACUCAGUUUUGGCUGUUCUUUCUCAUGAUGAUUAUCAGCUGGGUUGGCCAAGCCGUAGUCGUCACAUUCGCCGACGCUAUAUGUUUUAAUCUCCUUGGCGACAAAAUGUCACAAUACGGAAAACAAAGACUCUGGGGUUCAGUUGGAUGGGGCAUAUUCUCUCUAAUAACAGGUGUUCUUAUUGACCACUUUAGUGAAGGGGCUUACAAGAAUUACACUAUUGCAUUUGUAUUCAUGUUCGUGUUCAUGAUGGGAGACGUCUUCGUCUCUUGUUUCAUUAAGACUGAAUCUACAAAAAUGUCUCUAAAUAUUCUCUCUGACGUGGGAACCUUACUAUCUUCAAUUCAUACGGUUGUGUUCAUGAUCUGGACGAUAGCUGUUGGCUUUUCUACGGGAUUCGUCUGGCAGUUCUUAUUCUGGCAUCUCGAGGAUGUUUCCGGACUCUCUUGUGAUGGAGCGGAGUACACUAAGACACUGCAAGGCCUCGUCAGUGCUAUACAAACGUUCUUAGGCGAGAUACCAUUCAUGUUUGUGUCAGGUUAUAUCUUAAGAAAAUUGGGGCACGUAAACAUGAUGAGUUUGGUGCUCUUCGCAUUUGGCGUCCGCUUCAUAUUGUACUCGUUCUUGACGAACGCUUGGUGGGUGUUGCCCAUAGAAAUAUUGCAAGGGGUCACUUAUGGAAUGCUUUACCCGACGAUGACUUCUUACGCAAACGUUGUGUCACCGCCUGGAACCGAGACCACAGUGCAGGGCUUGGUGGGGGCUGUGUUUGAGGGCCUUGGAGUUUCUCUAGGCAGCUUAAUCGGAGGACGACUGUACCAAAGUUACGGUGGCUGGAAAACAUUCGAGUGGUUCGGCAUCGCGUCGUUCAUAUUCUGUAUCCUACAUAUCAUUGCUCAACAUGUAAUUAAGGAUAAAAAUGGACUUACCGGAGCCGCACAAGGUAAAGAAAACGCCACUGAGUGAAAAUGACACUAUGACAUUGCACUAUAUUUUUGACAAAUGUUUAAACUCAUUAUUAAUUUGGCAAAUACCAUUUUUAACAACACUGUUCUUGCUUGCAGAGCUUUAUAUCAUGUUAAAAGAAAUCGCACCUAUGAAAUGAAAGUGACCCAUAAAAAAAUCCAACUAUUUGAUAAUACGCAAAAUAAGUUUGGAAGUUGUGACAUUUCACAUUAUUUAAUUAUUUACCGUUGAAGUACUAACGGUAACCUAACCUAACCUAACCUUGUUAGUCCUAAAAAAUAAUGAUGAAACGUUCUGUUUCAUAACCACAAAAUUGUUUCUGAUUCGUUUAAUAUUUAACAAUUUAAAAUAUAAUUUACAAAAACUAGUUACUAGAAGGCUUUUUUAUUGAACCUUUUUGUAUUCAAUUGACCCAACAAUAAUUAAAUCUGUUACAUUU